GACUGUUUUCCUCAGUCGACCUAACUUACGGCGUUAGUGCGUCAUUCCCUUAUUUAGCACUCGGCGAACUUACCGUCAAUGGCGACCGCCAUUGCUGAGCUCUACACAGAGGAGAGAGAAACUGAGAUCACUACUUCAAUGUCUGAAAGUGCAGAAGCAGAAAAAAACGGAGUUUUAUUAUACUACAAGUACACUUCUUCUCCCAUCGAAGACCUAAACCAACUCUACACCUUCUACGAGUCAAAUUGUUCCUCACUCGGUCUACUCGGCCGAGUCCGACUCGCUCCUCAAGGCGUCAAUGUCACAAUCGGCGGCAAAGUCUCUCUCCUCCAUAACCACAUCACUUCACUUCUCGACGCAUAUGGCGGAUUCUUCAAAGGUACUGAUUUCAAGCUUGCUUCGUGCGAUGAACCGUUGAGUAUGGAGGUUGCUAAAGAAUGCGGUUUCACUUCACUAUCUAUUCGAAUUGUUAAGGAAUUAGUCACUCUUUCAUCUAAUCCAAUGGUGAAGACUCCGUCGAUUUCAAAUGCUGGAAGGCAUCUUUCUGCUCUUGAAUUUCAUUCCGUUCUUCAGAAUUCUGGAGAACUUUUGAAAGAGGAGUCACCAAUCGACUUUAAAAGGCUUGUUCUUCUGGAUGCAAGGAACUUGUAUGAGACAAGAAUCGGGAAGUUUGAAUCGCCAGAAGUUGAGACUUUGGAUCCAGCUACAAGGCAGUAUAGCGAUCUGCCUGCUUGGAUAGACAGCAAUGCUGAGAAGCUGCGUGGCAAAUGCGUCCUUAUGUAUUGUACAGGAGGAAUAAGGUGUGAGAUGGCAUCUGCUUACAUAAGGUCCAAAGGUGCUGGCUUUGAGAAUGUAUUUCAGUUGUAUGGUGGGAUACAGCGUUACUUAGAGCAAUUUCCAGAUGGUGGGUUUUUUAAAGGAAAAAAUUUUGUUUAUGACCACCGGAUUUCAGUUGGGAGUUCAAACACACAUAUUAUGGGUAAAUGUCUUCUUUGUGGCACCACUUUUGAUGAUUAUUCAUCACGUUGUCGUUGUGCCUUUUGCCGGAUGCUUGUUUUGGUCUGCAAUGAUUGUCAGAGUGAGAGUGGACAAUAUGUUUGUGAAUUGUGUGAGAACCAUGGAAAAGCUCCCCCUACUGCUCAAUCGGUUGACGAUGAUAACUCAGAAAUGAUUCUGGAAUGCAAUGCUGGAAUAACUCCCACUGAGUCCCCAUCGCAUCAUAGCACAAGCCACUGUCAUGUUCCAUGCAGUCCUGGGCCUUUGAGGAAACUCAGGAUAUUGUGCCUUCAUGGAUUUCGUCAGAAUGCUUCUAGUUUCAAAGGGAGGACUGCCGCAUUAGCAAAGAAACUUAAGAGCUUGGCGGAACUUGUUUUUGUGAAUGCUCCACACGAGUUACCUUUUAUAUACCAACCCCGAACACUAGAAAAGGAGUGCAUAUCUAGUCCACCUCAUCAUAAUCCUCCACCUACUAAUUGCAGCAAAAAAUAUGCAUGGUUGGUUGCUCCUCAUUUCUACAAAAAGGAAGCGACUGAUUGGGAAAAGAGUGAGAUGCCUUUUAGUCCUCUUCAGUAUCAGCAGCAGACUGAGGGAUUUGCUGAGUCUCUGUCAUAUAUGAAAUCUGUAGUCUCGAAAGAGGGACCCUUUGAUGGCAUAUUGGGGUUUUCACAGGGAGCUGCUAUGGCAGCUCUUUUGUGUGCUGAGAGAGGAAGAUUAGACCUCGAGUCAGGUUUCAGAUUUGUGAUAUUGUGUUCUGGAUUUGCCGUGAAUCUAGCAGGACAUGAAAAAGGAUCAAUUACUUGCCCGUCUCUUCAUGUUUUUGGAAAUGAGGGAGGAGGUGAUCGGCAAAUAUCAUCUGGAUUUAGCAAAGACCUUGCAUCAUAUUUCGAAGAUGGAUGCCAAACUAUUAUUGAGCAUGAUUCUGGUCAUAUAAUUCCUACAAGACCUCCUUAUAUCGAUGAGGUCAAAGAGUUCCUUCGCCGAUUUAUUUAAGAGUUGGGAUUUCCCUUUAAUUGUUCUAUGGAGAACAAAAGGCAAAAAUACAAUUAGUAAGGGUAGUAUCAAUGUACACUAUUUUCUAGCCAAGGGUUGCUAGAUAUCUUGUAUUUUUCUUUAUGUUAAUGUAUUGAAGUCUGUACUUGUGCGGGUUAUCUUUCUCGUGCUUUCUGAUUUGAUCUAAUUCUAAUGUGACUGAUUCUUUGA